CAAUAAAAGUCCUCCCAACAGUCUGUGAAAUCACAUUUGUAGAAGAAAGCAAGAAUGCAUCCCAUAUUAGAUUUCCUCUGGUUUGCAGUCUUUGCAACCUAUUGCUAUUUUGAAGCUUUGGUGAAAUGUUUUAUUCCUGUGAAGAGAAAAUCUGUGGCUGGUGAAAUUGUCCUUAUCACUGGAGCUGCAAGCGGCAUUGGAAGACUCAUAGCCUUUGAAUUUGCCAAACAGAGAAGCCGAUUGGUUCUCUGGGACAUAGACAAGUCUGGCAUCGAGGAAACAGCUGAAGACUGCAGAAAGCUGGGAGUCGAAGCAUAUCCUUAUGUGGUGGACUGCAGUUUGAAAGAGGAAAUCUACAGUGCGGCUGAGAAAGUAAAAAAAGAUGUUGGAGAUGUUACUAUUUUAGUGAAUAAUGCCGGUGUGGCAGCAACAGGGGAUCUACUUUCCAUCCAGGACAAGCAAAUACAAAAAAUAUAUGAUGUCAACAUUCUAGCUCAUUUCUGG